AUGGGUUUGAGGACGUAUUUGGUGGAGGUGGAAAGCAUCCGUAGGGCUAACAUUCGGUCGAGGAUUUUCUUGCAGUUGCUGGAGAAGUACCGUCGCUAUCGCCACAGGUGUUGUGAGUUGCACGAGCGGUUGAGGACGGAUCCCCGCAACCGAGCUCUGGGAGAGGAGUUGGAGAAAAGGUAUCAAGAGUUGCUGCAGACGCUCCACAGCAAGAGCGAGCUCGAAGAGCAACUUCGCCUUAAGGACGAAGAGCUCGAAGUGGGUAAAGGGGUCGCUGCAGAAUGCGAAUACCUGCAGGGCAAGUUAGGAGCGAUGCAGUUGGAGAUGGAGCAGAGCCGGGCCAAAGUUGCGGAGGUGAGCGCUGAAUGGAGAGGGAAGUUGAGUGCACUGGAGAGUAAGGUUGCCGAUUUAGAGCGUAUGGAGAGGGCCUGGCCAGAGGCUUCGGCAAGGGCAACGGCCUUAGAGGGGGCCGUUCGCGUGCAUGAGUCCCAACGAGAAUCAGAGAGGGCUACUGCGACCCUCAGGGAAGCGAGGCUCGAGGAGCAGAUUAGUACAAUUGAUCAGGAAGCCUCGGAUCUGGCAGAUCGAGUCGCUGCCUUAGAGGAGGAGAAUGAGCAGCUGAGGGCCCAAGCUGGACCAUCCCGCGCUGCUGUUCCCCGCCAGACUCACGAGCUCUGGGUCUACGCCGAAGCCCAGCGAGACAUUUUCAAGAACUUGUGGGAAGCGGGCACCGUGACUGAGGCGGCCUUCGAGGAGGCGCGUGAGAAGGCUCACGAGGCUCGUGCCAACUGUGGAUAUGAUGUGGCUACACCCGAAAUUGAUGGGGGUGCAGGUGGUGAUGAUGAUGAGCCUUAUGGAGAUGAUGAUAGUAGUGGCGGUGUUGGUGUCGAGUGA